AUGGCAACAGCCAACAUUCAGAGUGAUGCAGGUGAUGAUUUCGUCACUUGUGGUGUGUGUUUCAACGAAUACCAUGAGGAAACAAAGAAGCCGAAAAGUCUACCUUGUUCGCACACCAUUUGUCUUUCGUGCCUUCGGGAAAUAUUUGAGGAUGGUUCCAUUUCAUGCCCCUUUUGCCGCAACGUAUCCAAUUACGCAAGUUUGGAAUUAGUAGAAACAUUGCCCACAAAUUUCUCUGCCCUUCACAUACUCAAGUUGAACAAAGAAAUGACAAAGUUUGAAUUUGAACAAUGUUGGUGCUUUACUUGUGGUUUCAAGGCACAGGCAGAUUGCCCAGCUUCUAAACAUGACCUCCUUACUGUUAAGCCAGACACAGUCAAGAAUUUAGAUGGCUUCAUUAACUUGAGGAACGAAUUUUACAGUAUUAAAAAUGAGGAAAAUGAAAAUUUGACCACGACCAUUCAAAAGAUUAGUGAAAUUCAAGUCCACCUAGAUCUUUAUUCAAAAGCUGUGAAAGCUGAAGAGGAAGAAAUACGCGAACUUCAAUUUCAAAAUGACUUGCUCAAGGCGGAAACACUUUCGAAAUUGGACAGUUUGGAGAUUUUUCAGCAAGUGACUAGAAAAAACUCUCAGAACGGAAUGACGGAAUUAUUCUUGGCGGAAGUGGCAUCUCAUAAUUCGAAAAAUUCAAACACUGAAGAAACUUUGGCAAAAACGAAAGAUGAAUGGGAAAAGUCUUUGGAAAUGUCCAAAUCGACACUUGAAACUGCGACAGCCAUCGCCGCCGAGUACGAACGCAGGAAGAAAAUGCGGAUUGCUGUCAAGAUUUUCGACGAAAACAAUCAACCCAUUCCAACGUGUCCACUUCUCGAAAAUGGAUUCACUCUGCUGACUGAGGACACAUCAGAUUCGCUCGUUUUUCGAAAUAUGGCGUCAUUGUCGCACGCUGCGUUUUCGUUAAUGCGUAAGAAACAGGCGGCAUGUCCAGUUGUUUCCGCUGAUUUGGAAACCGACGAAGAUGAUGAUUGUUUUCAAGAACCUGAAGGAAUGAUUGAUUCAAUCCUGGCUAUUGUUCACUCUCCAGAAGAUUCGCCAUAA